ACAUCAUUAAAAGCUAUGAGGAAUUCGUCGAUGCAUGGCCGUUGUAUUGACAGAAAAUCAUUGGCAGCUGAUCCCGCAAAGUGCAGCGCUUGCGACAGCCAGGUGGGGUCGCAAACAGAUAAUUUGGGAGGCUGGCGACAACCACUCGCGGCACCAGUCGGACACGAACGACCAUCCACUCCACACAUAUCUCCACUCCCACUUAGAGUAACCCCUGUCAAGAUGUGGGACGAUUUUGAGGAAGAAACUCCCGCGCCUGAAGCCGUGGCGGAGGAGGCCCCGCCGGCUGCGGAGGAGGCGGAAGCCAAACCCGAAGAGGCUGAGCCGCCGGCACCCGAGCAAGUCGUCAUGGGAACGGAACCUAAGAAACUCGUUUUCAGACAUUGGAUCAGGCCGAAAUUCCUCCAAUACUCUUACCUCUACGACUACCAGAAAAAUUAUUACGACCAAGUAAUUAACUACCUGGACAGGCGGAACAAAGGUUUACCAGUAGAGAAACCGCGCGCGCAGACGUGGGCCGAACGCGUCCUCAGAACCUACUUGUCAAAGAAUACGUCCAGUCUCAGCUCCAGGAGUACGAGCAGAGACACGGCCCUGCUGCGAGGCAUCUCUUCAGGAGCUCGCUUCCAUCGUUACCACAGCAAGUCCCUAAUCUCGAGGAAGUAUUCCAAACUCGGAUUUAACACCGUGUCCAUCUAGCUUCGCUCUAACACCCUGCUUGACCUGGCUACGCGGACCGCUCCGGUCGGUGGCGUGACCUUUCUGUCAUGUUACAGGAUUACGUUGGUGUGAUGCAGCAAGUGUUAGCGGCUCGAACAGUAGACCGGCCGCACUUUGAUCGGAAGCCGUCCGCAUUCCUAUUUAAAUGUCUCUUCAUUGGUAAGACAAUAAAAAUUUAAGUACAAAUGACAA